AUGGCAUCUCCUCCCCGCGACGCCCUCGCCGACUCUGGCCUAACCAUGCCCUCCGACAGCGAGACCUACUCUGCAACCCACGACCGCGAUGUCUCUUCUUCACCACCUUCCUCGUCGUCGUCGCCCUUGAUUUUGUACAAGCCCCCCACGCUAUGGGGUCUGCUAAGAGGUGCGGCAAUCAACCUGCUGCUGCCGUUUGUGAACGGGCUGAUGCUGGGCUUUGGGGAGUUGGUUGCGAACGAAGCGGCGUACAGGCUGGGGUGGUCGGGAACAAAGAUAUUUCCUACCCAUCGAUCCGGCUCAGACUCCCGCCGCGUGGGGCCUGGCGUUGAGAUGCGUGCUGAUCCUGUAGAGCGGAGGCGAAGGAACGGACAGGAACUAGACAUGUACACAUCCAUGGAGUAG